AUGCUUCCGCAAUCUGCAUCACCACCACCACCACAGUGUUCCCGAUCAUUUUUCAUGCCACCACCACCGCCCUUCACAGUUUCCUCCGAAAAUGACUGCAUCGACUUUGAGCCUCCAACAUUUAUGGUUGAAGCAGAGGAAUCAAAGACUGUGAUAAAUGGGCCAUGGAUCACCAAAUAUUAUCUUUCAAUAAUUCUUGAAAAUGAAAUAUACCCACUCCAGACGAAAUUAGCUACUAAAGAUUAA